AUGGACCCAACAGCCCACGCCCGCUCCCUCUACCGCGCCAUCAUGCGCGAACUUCCUCAAUCCGCCCGAACCUCCAUCAAGACCUCACCCUCACCACUCCGCUCUAGCAUCCGCAAGCACUUCGUCAACAGCCCAUCUGCCUCCUCUUCCUCGUCAUCACCAGAAGCACUCCUCGCACGCAGACAGGAGAUGGAGCAGGCGAUAAAAUACCUAAAAGCACAGAGGACGUAUGUUGCGUUGCUGGAGAGGUAUAAUCCCGGCAUGGAUAUGAGUGAGGAGGAUAGGGUGAGGCUGACGGCGAGGCGUGUGGGAAUGGAUAUGCCGGAGGAGUGGUAUGGGAGUGGUGGGACGGCUGGGAAGUUUGGUGGGAUCAAGUGGGAGAAGAAGAAGGAAUGA